AAAAGGGUGUCAUGGUUCCCUCGAGAGCGCCGUAUGAAGGAACAUCGAGUCAUCGACCCCGCUGAAGAUUGCUUCCUCGUGACGUCAAAUGAAGGGGAAAUAUUUUUCAAGUCGCCGUCAGACGAACCUACCGUGUGUGGCAUCUACAUGAUAACCGACCCCGACAAGAAGAUACAAGUCACUUUCAACUAUCUGGAUGUGCCUUGUGAAAAUGGUGGACUGGUUGCGUGGAUCGACGGUUGGGAACUGAACGGACAAAUUUGGCCUGCGGACGCUUGGAACGAUGAUCGGCUAGUGGAAUCCUGCGACAGUCGGCCUCAAAACAAGCUGACAUCGAGCCAGAACGCCGCGCUGAUUCAGUACAGAGUACCAGCUAAGGGUAAAGGAUUCGCUAUCACAGUGCACCACUUAAGGAACAACAAACCGUGCAACAUUAUGGUGUUUGACCCGGAAGGCGUGUACACUCUUCGCAACCACGGCGAAGCUGGCAACUGCUCUGUGUUGGCCAUAGCGCCAGCCAUCGUGCAAAUAUUGGCUCUUGAUGUUGGACAGUCUGUAAAGACUGGCCCGCUGAACCUUGAGACUGGGACUAUUCAUUUCUGUAAAAAGCGUGGUCUCCCUGACUACGUGGACAUCGGCGGAGCUACCGGCCUCGAUCAUACGAAGAUGAAGGUGCUGGAUAACAUCUGUGGAUUGGAUUCUAUGGCAGGUCAACGACCCUUGUUCAUCGCCUGUGAGGAAACCGUCGUCCGUUUGGUGUCCAGUGGCCUGUACAAAAACUCCGUGACAAUCGGCUUCAGUCCCUUGAUAGUUGAACAUAUUCAAGACGCCUAUUUUAACUGCGCUCCCCUCGAUAAAUAAAUACAUCGUAAUCAGAGCCCUCUAUACACCGCUUAUGAAAACGAAAUGUAACGCAAUGGUC